UUGUUCUUGCGUCCUGUGAACGACGCCGUAUCCGCGUCCCCUACUUUCCAAAAAAAGUAUAGAUAUCUUUCUGCUUUAAGAGAUUACACCUUAUCCAAUUAUUGGUAGCAUUCGAAGAAGCCACUGUUUGUAUCUCUGAGCUCUGCAUUGAACUACAUCUCCUCAAAUGGCUUCCCUAUCAACUAAUUCUCUAAGCUUCAGAGCUCCCUCUAUACAAUCUAGCAGAUUUUCACAGGUGUUAAGGAAACCCUCAAGUUUUCAGGCUAUCUCCUUUGGAAGUUUUCAGUCUUUAAAGAGCCUUCGUCUUCAAAUCAGUUGUGCAGCAAAACCAGAGACAGUGCAGAAAGUGAGUGACAUUGUAAAGGAACAAUUGGCUUUGUCCGCUGACACUGCUCUCACUGCCGAGUCCAAGUUCUCUGCUCUUGGCGCUGAUUCUCUCGACACCGUGGAGAUAGUGAUGGCUUUGGAGGAAAAGUUUAACAUAAGUGUGGAAGAAACUGAUGCUCAGAACAUUACAACGAUUCAAGAGGCGGCUGAUUUGAUUGAGGAUCUUGUUCAGAAGAAACCUGCGGCCUAA